AUGGAUGGAUUAAUUAAUUUUGCUCCACCUGCGGCAGGAAAAAGAAAAGAGUUUUCUUAUAGUCCUGUAAGAUUAAGGACCAAAAUAUUACUAAAAGUUGAAAAUUCGGGCAAAGACCACACACAAAUAGUAAAUACUCAAAUGCAAAAUGAUGGGAUAUUAGAUAAAUUUAAAAAGGUAUUAGGAGAUAUUGAAAGUAAAGGCGCUUAUAAGUCAUAUGAAGAGCGAGCACUACACUGGAUAAAAAACACAAAUUCAAGCACUCCUCCAAACAAAAUUUCGAUUCAGAAUAAAUUAAUGCACACUAUAAGAUUGGAUACUUUUGAUCAAGAAAGCGGUUUAUAUACAAAAAAGAAAGAAGAGCAAUGGUUCAUGAAAGCUCAUGAACUAUACAAAAAUCGUACACUUUCGAAUGUAAAAGGAAGUAAAAAGCAGUCCAAAGAUCCUUAUAAUCUCAGCCAAAAAUUAAUAAAAGCUUCUCCAUGUAAAUUGAUCCCAAAAAUCCAAAACACAACCUUAAGAGGAGUGAACAUAAUGAACUCAACAAUAAAAAACAAUUGAAAACUAUGCCAAGAAUAUGCCAGUAGAACUCCACGACCUAUUAUCAGGUCAAAAACUCUUCCUAAAGAAAAAUCAUUAAACAAGGAAUCUCCUAGAGUAUUCAAUAAAACAAAUGAAAAAAAAAUACACAAAAAAACUUCAAAGAAAAGUUUGAGGUCUAUUUCUAAUGAUUUAUCUGGCUGGAAAGAUGAGCUAUAA